AUGUCCGGCGAGGCGUGGUUAUACCUCUUUGCGGUGCUGAUCAACGCCGUCAACCUGUUCCUUCAAGUCUUCUUCACCAUCAUGUACAGCGAUCUGGAAUGCGACUACAUCAACCCCAUUGACCUCUGCAACCGCCUGAACACCUACAUCAUCCCCGAGGCUGCUGUUCAUGGUUUCAUGACAUUCCUCUUCCUCAUCAACGGAUACUGGCUGCCUCUGAUCCUCAACCUUCCCCUCCUUGCGUGGAAUGUCAAGAAGAUCGUUGAGAACACCCACCUGCUGGACGCUACUGAGAUCUUCAGGAAGCUGAACGUGCACAAGAAGGAAUCCUUCGUCAAGCUUGGUUUCCACCUUUUGCUCUUCUUCUUCUACCUCUACAGCAUGAUUGUCGCUCUCAUCCGGGACGACACCAAAUAA